AUGGUGUCCGCCCACAACCCUUUCCGCACUCCGGCAGUAUCGCCAAACCCUACAGGCACUCUAGCCCCAGCUGUCCCAGCGACCUUCUCGUUGGAAGUGCCUGAGGAUGCGGAGGGCAUGCCAGGCUAUCUACGGACGUCGCCCCCAGCAGCAUCGACCCCUGCUCGAACUCCAUCGCCUGCUUCGUCCGCAGCAGACCCGUCACGAUCCACACAAUCACUUUCUUUGCUGCCACCUGAUGAUGACAUUAUUUCUGAGGAGCUCCCUCCUGCAUACACACCUACGCCGGACGUGGUGCAUGGCGAGUCCACUAUUGAACUCGGCCCUAGGAGACCUUUCCAGGCACCUCCUGGUAUCCCUCGCCAGCACCAGCUUCGUCCGCAGCAUAUAGGAUGGCAGGUAUCGCAGUCGACUGGGUCGUCUAGCUGGUCCAGCUUCCCAGGCGGGCGUCAUGGUUCUCCAGCGGCUCCCAGCGUAGCCCCUCCUCCGCAGCACCCAUCCCUGAACCGCGGUCGUCCGAGUACUGCACCCAGCCAACCUCCGGGGCCGCUGUCAGACUUUGCCCGAGAGUUCUACGCGGCAGGUGCGGAAUUCCCCAACGGACAGACGGAGGCGUCGUCCAGUUCUGGUCCGUCGGCCUCGCAGAGCAGACCUAAUGUCCUCGACGAUGGACGGCCAACCGAGGUGCCCACGCCGGGGCAUCCACUGCUCCGCCAUGGCCAGGUUCUCGUGUACCCCGAAGCGUAUGAGUGUGGCAAAUGCCGAAACAUAGGCUACCGGAACAACGACCCCUCUAUGCCGUGUUCCAAAUGCUGGGAGAAGUAUGCGCGGCCAUUCACGGGUGCGGUGACAUAUGCCCCCUGGGGCGCUCCUGCGACGGGGUCCGCCUCCGGCUCUCGCAACACCUACCAGCGCCCCCUCCCCCGCUUCACCCCGCCGCACCUCUCCGCGCCCUCGAAACACCGCCCCACUCAGUCCUACUCCGGCCUUUCGGCAGAGCCUCCGCUUCCCCCGCGCUCGGAGGGGGCAUCCCUUACUUAG